AUGGGCAAUUCAACAUGUAAAAUAUCAUCAUCAUCAUCAUCUAAAAAGAAUCUUAGGAGUUCAUGGGAUACGAAUAUUGUAGUGGUUGAUCCUAUCACUUUAAUCAAAAAACAUAUUCAUCGACCCAAUGACUUUCCACAAUCAAUAGUCAACCGAAAAGAGUCUGGUAAAAUAUACAUACUUCGAAAGAGUCAACAAAUGGCAAUGGUCGUAGUGGACUUGGCAGGAGAAUCAACAGAUUCAACGAUAGUAGGUGCACAAAUCCAAAUUGUUUUCACUGGCAAGGAAGGACUAGAGUUGAUGUAUGUCCAAAACAGAAUCAUAUCAGACAAGAAGAAUUUCAUAUCCGUUGAUGAAGUAUCGAGACUUGAAUAUCCAUCGGAAAUAAUCGAUUAUGAAGAAACAGAGAUAGAAGAUCACCUUUUACUCAAUGAAAAAGAACGUAUGAAAAAGGAUAUUUAUCAAUGUAAACAUUUGAGUCGUGUUCAAAAAUGGUAUUAUCAUAUUGCUGCGAUACAGCUUGAAGGCUGGGUCACAGAGUUUGUCAUCUCCCACGGCAAAGAAAAUUCAUCAACUUGCAAUAGUCAAACUUUUACUCAAUUCAUUUGCAACAAACUAUCAAGGAAUAAUAUUAAUUGUAAUUGGCCUGCUACUGUCCCCGUUUUUGGUAAUCAAAGUUUAUCAAGGAUACUUUAUUUGGAAAUGGAUGAAUAA